ACAACUACGUAUGAUUGCGCAAUUUGUUUAAGCUGUAAAUACUAUGCCAGAUUUAUUUGAAAAACAAAACAAAACAUUUGUUUGUAAAUAAUAAAGAAACUGGUCGUAAGACUCCAUUUUUGUGGUGGUAAAUGUGGUCACGUAACCAACCUGGGAAGAAUGUGCGCGCGUACUGGAACACUCGGCGCCCUCAGUCGGCGCCAGACACCCAUUCCGACUGCUCCUGUAAGCAUCAAAGCUAUAUAUAUAUACCGCUCAAUUACUCCAUCUUCAAAUUGAUUUGCUCAUUGAAGAAUUAGCAGAGACGGUAAAGGAAUACCAGGUUGAGCGCAGCUGGAGAAGACAAGCAAUGGAUCCCACUGGAGACGGGCGGCCCCAGGACGACUACCGCUCACCCAGCCCGGAGAUUCAAAGCUUCUUCUCACCUGAACUUGAUGGCGAACGUUUAUACCAAGGCAACAAUCAUGUCCUAGGCUUGCCCUACAGGGAGAACAAUCGUGUCCUAGGCUUGCCCUACAGGGAGAACAAUCAUGUCCUAGGCUUGCCCUACACGGAGGAAAAUUAUGUUUUAAUCAUUCCCUACAUGGAGAACAGUUAUGGCCAAGACAUCCCCAGCACCGACAACGGUCAUGGCCAAGACAUCCCCUGCACCGACAACGGUCAAGGCCAAGACAUCCCCAGCACCGACAACGGUCACGGCCAAGACAUCCCCAGCACCGACAACGGUCAAGGCCAAGACAUCCCCAGCACCGACAACGGUCAAGGCCAAGACAUCCCCAGCACCGACAACGGUCAAGGCCAAGACAUCCCCAGCACCGACAACGGUCAAGGCCAAGACAUCCCCAGCACCGACAACGGUCAAGGCCAAGACAUCCCCAGCACCGACAACGGUCAAGACCAAGACAUCCCCAGCACCGACAACGGUCAAGACCAAGACAUCCCCAGCACCGACAACGGUCAAGGCCAAGACAUCCCCAGCACCGACAACGGUCAAGGCCAAGACAUCCCCAGCACCGACAACGGUCAAGGCCAAGGUAUCCGCAACAUUACCCAAGACAAUGUGUCGCUUACGGAGAGCUGUGAUGGCCAGAGCCAGGCCCAGGCCCAUGGUGAAGUCCCCCUCGGUGAUGGUCCCAAGGGCAGCUCAUCAGGCAGACAAGGAACCCGUAAAAGACCUUCCUCGGACGAGGGGAGUGACGGAAAUACUUUCUACCAUAGUCUUGAGGAGAGGAGCCAGGAUAGUGGGGACGUGAUGGUGCUCCUCAAGCGAUCUCGGACGGCCAGCACUGAGGAGCACGUCUCCCCCUCUGGCCUCCGGGACCCCGGGGGCUCCUACAUGCCUGGUGGUGACGGUGACCUGGAGGAACAAGAGACGUGUUAGAGGUGAAGAGCUGGCACUUAGUGCCCUGCACCAAGGUGGGAGAGCAACCUUUUCUUUCGUAACCUUGGCUCCGACGGUAAUUAUUAUGACUGUAUAACACUUCCUCACCCUACCUUUCUCUCCCUACCUUCCUCACCCUACCUUCCUCACCCUACCUUCCUCACCCUACCUUCCUCACCCUACCCUGGCCACCUGGUCUUCUCUGCACUCUCCUCACAAAGUCCGUUAUUCUUAUAUUUUCUGCUUAUGAUUUAUCCUCUUCAAAACAUUCUCCCAGUUUGGUGUUCAUAGCUCACUAUGGCAAGGUGAUCAGCCAGGCAACCCCUGAAGCCUGUGCAGCACAAGUUAGCUGCUCACAGAAGGGUUAGGAAUGGAGGAGAUAACCUCUUUUCCCGUAAAACAGAAAAAUCAAACUCCUUUAUCACAUGCAUUGAAGUAUCCGAUAAAACCGAAAACUGCAGGCGACUUCUGUCGGAUAUUGGCGUCAGCCGGAACAUGCAUUCACACCCAAGCUUCGCCAAUUCCAGUCGUUCAUGAUUUGUUCUUCCUUCUGGUAGAAGUGUUGUAAGCGCAGCACCUCUAAGCGUAAUGUAUAGAAGACAAUGAAGGGAGUAUUGAGGCUACAGGAUGCUCGCUCCACCUACACAACCUGAAGAAAGAAAAAAUCAUGAACAAUUGGAUUUUGCGAAUCUUGGGUGAGGGGCACCCUACUGACGCUCUGCAUCACUGUGUUCUACUUUAUGCUAACACAAAGUUUAUCGAAAAUAAACUUUUCGUAACCAGCACAGGUUCGACUCUGUGACAGAAGUGGUCAGCUGGACCAGGUCUUGUGAUGGACCUGGAUUUAAAGUCUUCUUCCGUUUUGGCAGGACAUUUUUGAGAUACCAUAUUUAACCAGUUAUGAAAGGUUGCUUGGUGGUAACUGGCUAGUUUUUUUAAAAUUUAACUCCAAAAAUAUAUUUAAAAUAUUUUUAUAAAAUAUUCCUAGGGGUGGUAAAAGAAGAAAAUAUCAAAGUGUUCAGUGAGGAUCCACAAGGUCUUCUCUGAGUAAUCUUUAUUUUCUUCUCCGAGGCUAUGGAGAAGCCUCGGAGAAGAAACAUAUGCACCAGAGGUGGUACCCCGAUAUAUUUGAAAAGAAAAAAUAUAUAAAAUAUGUUAGAUAUAAACAACUUGCCUGGAGCCAUACUAUUAGAACUCAAGAAAUAAUUAAAGUGACUGAAAAUUUUCAGGAAUAUAUAAUAUAAAAGUGAAUUAUCAAGACCAGGAAACAUUUUGUGGUCAAAAGUGGCGCCAUCUAUAGGACAAGGCUGGAUGCAUCUCUUGUAAGGGCUGGUGGUGAGGCUCGCAUCACUACACACAUUAACACUCUUUGCUGCUCUUCAGAAUUCACUUUUGCAUGAUAUUUUUCUGAAAAAUGUCAGUUAUAAUUAUGCGCUACUAGGCUCCACCAUUACGGCUCUAGAUGAGUUUUUCAAAUAUAAUGUUUAUAAAUCAAUUUUUGAAACUAAAUUUUUGGACAAAUUUGCCAGUUACCACCAAGCCUAACCUUUCAUAACUGGUUAAAUAUGGUAUCUCAAAAGUAUCCUGCAAGAACCACUAAGGAAGAAGAAGACUUUAAAUCCAGGUUCAUCACAAGUACUGGUCUAGCUGACCACUACUAUCACGGAGUCGAACCUGAGCUGGUGCACGCAAGGCAUAGUGAUGCGGUUUUAUCUGAUACUACAAUGCAUGUGAUAAACCCCUUCUUAGAUUGUACCUUGACGCGGUAGAAGGGCUCGUGUGCCUUGAUGACUACGAGGUCUCAACCACCGGUGACAAGUUCAAGUUCAAGUAUGUUUAUUGAGAUAAGCAAUAAAUACAUCUCAAAGGGAUAGAGUAGCUUAGGCUAUUUCUACCCCCCGAACGACGCGUCACUGGCAGGGACUCCCAUGGUGGGAAGGCUUCGCAGGAAAGGCCAGACUAAACAAUCUAAACUAUUAUCAUAAUUGUACAACAAUCUUAACUUAUUAUAAUUGUAAAACUGAAAACCAAUUAAGAUUGGACUAUGAAAAAUUUCAACUUUACUAUAUUUGAUUAGACUUCUGUAAACGUUCUAAUAUAUAUAUAUAUA